UCACUUCAUAUUUUGAUAUUUUUCUUCACCUCUCAACUACCCUAUUUCUACUUCUACUUCUAGUUAGAGCAACCAAGCAAAGAAAGAGAGAGAGUAGCUCACUUUCUUCAACACUUUUCUUGCUCUGCCUCAUCUUUUCAUGGCAACUUAGUCAUAAUUCAUUCAUUCAAUAGCUAUGGAAGAAGUUGAUCAUAAAUCAAAGCACAAGUGCAAAUUCUGCAGGAAAAUGUUCCCCUGCGGCCGGUCCCUGGGAGGCCACAUGAGGUCUCACUUGAUCAACAUCUCAUCAACGCCCAAGAAGCCCCGGAAAAGAUUCUCUGACGAUGAUGAUGAUGACGAUGACAGGGAGGAGGUGGCCUUGAGCCUUAUACUCCUCUCCAUGGAUUGCAUCACUUUCGAGGAGAGCGAAUCUAGGAAGAAGAAGAAAUCCAAGGCCAAUCAGAAUCUUGAUCUUGAUCCAUCGUCCGAGCUGGUUAACUCUCUCAGCCAAUCAGAUUGCUCCAAGUUUAGGUGCAUGAUCUGUAAUAAGGGAUUCCCGUCUUACCAAGCAUUGGGUGGCCACAGAGCCAGUCACAAGAAGUUCAAAGGCUGUUGCGCUCCAACAAUUCCAACAGAAAUACCAAAGCCAGAUCACGAGUGUCCGAUUUGCCUGAAGGUGUUCCCAUCAGGCCAGGCUUUGGGUGGUCACAAGAGAUCACAUUUGAUCACUGAUCAUCAGCCCAAGAGCACCCGCCGCGAUUUUCUUGACCUCAACCUGCCAGCCCCGGUUGAGGAGGAGUUGAAGCCGUGGUGGAUUCGCGCCACACGCGAGCCACUUCUAUCAACCUCAUGAUCAUUGCCAAUGUUGCUUGCACUUUCUUCUAUGAAGUGUAUAGAUUUAUUCAUUUUUGUUUUUCAAGAUUCAAUCAUCACCAAAGCAUUGUUAUUAGUACUAAAGUGUUGGUUUUGCUUUUUGCAUAAGCAAACUUGCUUUUACUUACUAUACCACAUUGUUGUUCGAUCUAA